GAAAGUCUUGCUCUCAGGGCAGGAGGCACGGACCAGGGAGGCUGAUGAAAUGUGGCCCAACAGGUCUGAUGGGAUUGCAGAGACAAACAGAGAGAGUCAGAGUCAGAGAGGCAGGGAGGUUGCUGAGUGACUGACAAGCCUGUCAGCCAGGUGGACGUAGGAACAGUCUUGUUGGACUUAAGACAAUGACAUAGCUGAGUGUGGAACUGGAUUGCAUCUGAUCUUUUAUCUGACUGAGAGGAAACCUCGGGGCCCUGUGGACUCCCACCACCACCAGCAGACUCGACAGAGUGGAAUUUCCCCUCCUUUUCCCUGGCAGAUGGUCACUCUGAAAGUUUGAGCAGAACUCAGGAAGAAGAGUGAGAGGAAGGGUGGGAGGAGGUCCGGAGAGGGAGAGGAAGAGAAACGAGGAGUGGGCAGUAGAGGAGACAUGCUUCGCUACGGUUCAGGACGAAUUGUUUCCACCACCACCACCACAACAGAGGAUUCUCCAGAUUCUGAGAGGAGGAUCAGACGCCUCAGGUUAACUCUACAUGCGGGAGAUCAUGGAAACAAGGAACCAAAAACUGCAAACUCAGACACAGCUGAGAAAGAGAAGGAUGUCAAUGGGGCAUGGAAGAAGACGAAUGGGCUGAUCCAAAGAGAGAGGCCAGCUGGCAGGGAGUCCCCUCAGCAGCACUUUGGAGACAUGACCAAUGGGGCGCCAGAGACCUCGCUGCAGCACCACAGGCCCAAAGUGUACGGCGUUGUGCAGAGGACGGGCUCGGACAGACAGCAGGAGGUGAUGGCGCGCGAGUGGACGGUCAGUCACCUUCAGGAUGAGAUGAAGUACAUCAGGGAGGUGAGAGAUUCUUUAGAGAAGGUGAGAGAGCGGAUGUACGGGCAGUUCGGAGGAAUGCAGCAAUCAAUGCAAAAGCUUUCACAGGAAAUCAGGACUGCCAAUUCACAACGGAGGAGUCUGGAGUCAGAGGUGAGGAUCCGGACAUCAGCCAUGGAGAGCUUCGAUCAGAUGAAUAACUCCCUUAUAUCAGCUAACAUCGGCCUGCAGAAAUCCCUUCUGGAGAACUGUCAGAACAGAGUGGACAAGAGAGACGAGGUGAAGAGUUUGAAGAGCACCUGUGAGAAAACGGAAGAAAAACUCAGAGACAAGGAGAGGGAGCUGGCUGCCGCGCAGGCAGAAAACCAGACUUUGAGACUACAGGUGGAGUCUUCGCGGGAGGCCAACACUCAGGCACUGCAGGAGCUCUCAGCAAAGCUACAGCGGGAGUACGAGGAAAAGCUGCAGGAGGAACAACAGAAACACAGGGAGGAGAUUGAAAACCUACAGGCCCAACUCGAUGAGUACAUCAGGCGACUAGAGGAAGCAGAGAGAAACAUCAGGAUUGCAGAGGCCAAGAUUGCUGAGAGGGACCAGAGGAUCAUUGAAGUGGAGCGUCUACUGGACUGUAUGGACAAGGAAAAGAGUCAACUCCAAAUGAAGCUGCAGGAAUGUGGACAGCGUCUCCGCUUGAUGGAGCUGACAGACAAAACUGAUGCAACUGUAGCCAAAAAGUACAAAAAGUCCAAAGAGCUGCAAUCUGAAUCUGUGGAUCUCCGUGAAAGGAUCAAACACUUGAACGACAUGGUGUUCUGCCAGCAGAGGAAAGUCAAAGGAAUGAUCGAGGAGGUUGAAUCACUGCGAGCUCAAGUUGCUCAAAAGGAUAUGUUCAUCUCAGAGCUUCUGGACAGAAUUGCAAUAGUGGAGUGCGAGAAUAAUGAAUUAGAAGACAAGCUGAAGUAUUUUAUGUCCACACAGAAUAUGCCUAGAGAGUUUUUGGAAACCAGGGAGAAAGGAGUAGGCUGUGAUCUGCUCCAUAGACGUGAAGCACAGAGGCAUGAUGUUGAACCUCCUGUUCAACGUGAACCAACUCAUCUCCAUCCUAUAAAACACCUGCCACCUGUUCAUCCUCCAUCACCAAUGAAGCUUCCACCAAUCACUGAACCUCCAUCUCCCACUCGACCUCCAUCUCCCACUCGACCUCCAUCACCCACUCAACCUCCAUCACCAAUGAAACCUCCAUCACCCACUGAACCUCCAUCUGCCACUCAACCUCCAUCCUCCAUACAACUCUCAUCAUCCACACAACCUCCAUCCCCUGCAUCUCCCAUUCAACAUCCCCUUCUCUACCUGACAACGCCCACCCAACCAAGGACGUUCAAGUCUAAUAACCCUCCACCCAGCAGGCUGGAGUCCAGUUUACUGAGGUACACUCCUGUCCAGUACAGCCGCUUUCUGCAGUCCAGCCCUUUUUUACCAAGUGGGACGUUCCCCAAUGCCCGCCCGUCUGAAUCUGAGCCUCCUGUGUCUCCAGUCCAGUCUGGCAGAGAUGAGGUGGACGCAGAAACAAACACAGACACACGAUCAAGUCCAGAGGAAUCCCCGUCCUCUUCUCGACCAAGAUCAAGAGCCCCUCAAGUUUAUACACCUUUCAUGAAACUUAUGGAAAUAACAGCAAAGAUAAACAUAGAGUGAUCUUAAAGUAAUAGUUCGACAUUUUGGGAAAUACACGUUCUCGUCUAGAAUUUGAUGAGAUGUUCAAUACCACUCUCCUUUCUGGUGGUAAAUACAAAGCUACAUUCAGACAGUUAGCUUAGCAUAAACACUGAAAACAGCUAGCCUGCAGGAGUUGUCCAAAGGAAACAAAAUCUAUCUACCAGCAACUCAAAUGAAUUAACACGUUAUGUCUCAUUUGUUCAAUCUGUAAAAACAAAAACCACAAACUGUAAAAAUGACAAUUUGCUGUUUUACGGUGGGUUAUGUGCCUAUUUCUUGCCCAGGAGCAGUUACUUCUUGGAGUUUCCACUGGCAACUGGUCACAGCCAAGAAAUAGUCUGGCACAUAAACCCCUGUAAAAUGGCAAAUUGUUGUUUUUACAGUUUGUUAUUACAGAUAAAACAAACAUGAUAUAAUGUGUUAAUUAGUGAGCUUUAGAGGUGCUGAUAGGUGCAUGUCGUUACCUUUGGAGAGAGCCAGGCUAGCUGUUUCCCCCUGUUUCUGGUCUUUGUGCUAAGCUAAGCUAACUGGCUGCUGGCUGUAGCUUCAUAUUUAGAGGACUGACAUGUGAGUGGUAUCAGGCUUCUCAUCUAACUCUGCUAGAAAGCUAAAAAGCAUAAUUCCCACAAUAUUUAACUAUUCCUUUUAAACUCAGUUCUGUUUGGUUUCACCAUUGAUUAUCAACUCUGUCUCUGUUCUCUUUCCCCUGUUUCUAGUCUUUAUGUUUUGCUAAGCUAUAUGUAGCUGCAGUUAGUUUAGCAUAAAGCUAAUCUGUAUGUCACGACUGUACGGUAAAUAAGUAGCUGCGGUUACGGUACAGUUACACGUAGCUGCGGUUAAAGCUAAGCUAACUGCACUUACAUAUUUACCAUGCAGUCAUGAGAGCGGUAUUUAUCCUCUCCUCUAACUGUAAUUCCUAAAAAGUUUUUGUCUUAUUUUCACUGCUGAUUAUCUUUUUAAAAUAACUAUAUGUGACACAGAUCUCCUGUUUUAAGCAUUCAAAAAAAGACAGACAACAUGAUGAUGUAAAAAGUCUUAUGUAGGUUUUCAGCCUAUGUUUGCACAUAGCACUAUUAAUGAUAAUAAAAUGUUGCUGGCUGUAGGGUGUAAAUAAUCUGAUGCUCUGUAAAAAAUAUUCUGUAAAUAAUGUACUGAAGGAUUAUAUUUGUUUUGUUUACAGUGAAUGUAGCCUACUUAUACUGCUCAUGGAGCUAUGAGCAUUCAGUCCAAUAUGAUGGUUGAUAUGUUUUUGUGUGUAUUUUCCUAUAAUUUUAUAUUGACUCUGUGCAAAUUCAAUGAAUAUUAUUUUGUUAUUGUCACAAUAUGUACAAAAUAUUUAUUAACAGGCUUUGUGCCUUUGUGAACAGCCUACUAUCUGAUACUGGUGGUGGGAAUGAUACUCUUAAAAUUGGCAACAGGGUAAUUAUAUAAUAUGAAGUAAAUCUGUGCUAACGAUAAAACUGUUCAAUCAUUUUAAAGAUAUUGACCUUAUUGAGGUGACUGCCAUUCCUGAGCCACAGGCACAAGUAUUAUCCAGCUGUUGUAUGCACUGCCACGACUGUGUUUGAAAAAGCUUUAUGAUGUGCCUUUUCCUUAACGAUUCAUAUCAUACUGCGACUAAUGAUAAGAGGCAGUGUGUGUUUGGAUAAUAAAGACUUUAUUGUAUAUUUAA